AUGGAUGCUAAAACUCAAGCAGGAGCAAAAGGAGGUGCAAAGACGCCUGAAUCAAUUGUUGAAGAAGCAUAUAAAGGAAUUGUAACGGAGUGCGCUUUUUACGCGACUCUUCCUGAGCAUCACGAUGUCAGCAGCGUUGCGGACUAUAUAUCGAUUGAUAUUCAUCCUACAAAAUCUCUUGUGGUCACUGGCGAUGCGCUGGAUAACAUCGUUGUGUGGGACUACGAAGCGAGAAAGAUUGUGUACAGAACAUCGGCAGUGCAAUUAUUCAACGACACAGUGGAGCUGAUCAAUGAAUGUGUGAAGAACCCUGAAAUCCCUCCAGUGAACCGCACAUCCGAUGCGUCUGUGACCCCCAUGUCGGGUCUUCGCCACGUGCAAUUCUACGACAACGACACGCUUCUCUGGUCGAACAACAGCAGCUACAGCCCCGCAUCGUCGCAGUUCGUGAUCGCUGUGUUCAGCCAGGGCUGCGCGAUCAUCGACUACAUCGCCCACACCUCCGUCAGCAUCUUCUAUUCCACGUUUCCCCUUUCCUCUCCCUCCAUCCCAGCCAUCUGA